UAUUACAACUUCAGACCUUCAAGAUCCUAAGCGAACAAAUCUCAAACCAGGAAUAAAUACCCGGUUAUUUUUCAUUUGUGAAAGACUGUACGGUAAUAUGCAGGCUUUUAGGAACUGCAGCGUGUGUGUUAGUGGGAGUCUUCUUACAGGCCGGACCGACUUCCUGCUUGCCCGGAGAAACAUGGCAGCGCUGCGGCUUAGUUCGGCAUGCGUUCAGCUCCUCAAGGACAGGGCAAAUGCGCUUUGCAGCAGACCCGUUCAACAGCGUCUCCUGCGUUUGCCCGAGGUGGCGCGACCCAAUGCAGUCGCGUUCAGUGUGGGCAGUGGGCUCUGUGCGGUUCCCUUUACAAAGCAAGUGGAAAACCUCUCGCAUGAAUCCCUGAUCCGCCGGGCUUCCUGUUUGGUCACAGACAGCGCCAACACGUACCUCUCUCAGACCACACUGGCCCUUGUGGAUGCCCUCACACAAUAUGCCAAGGCACUACAUACACUCAUUUCCCUUCAGAAACAAUAUAUAUCCUCAAUAGGAAAACUUACAACUGUUGAAGAGGACAGUAUUUGGCAGGUGAUCAUUGGCCAACGAGUAGAGGUUGGUGAAAGACUGGAAGAAUGUAAACACUUUGAGUCUAACUGGAUGAAUGCCAUUAACAUCUGUGAGUUGUCAGCAGAGGCAGCCUACAAUUCAGGAGCUGAGCAUGCAGGUACAACAACAAAGACUAAUCUACAGGUGGCACAGUCCAAAGUAGAUGAGGUUAGACAGAUCUCAAAAGAAGCAGAGAAAAAGCUGGCAGAAACUAAAGCAGAAGAAAUCCAGAGAAUGGCGGAGUAUGCCUCUAGUAUUAAGAUUCAAGACCUGGAGGAUCUUCCAGAGGCGUACCUUCGCGAAGACUAAAAUAAUAGUGAAACGGGCUGUAUAAAAGAACACAUUUUCUUUGAGUUUAUGAUUCUGUAGCAAGCAAUAAAUCAUUGAAUCCAGAAUGCAUCUUGAUGUGAAAUUGCAGAGAGUAUUGGUUAUGGAAUGUUCAGACAUCAUGCUAUUAAAAGCUAUAUUGGAUCAAGCUUUGGUUAGUAUUUGUAGAUUGCCAUUUUUAGCAAGGCAAAUAUUGUGUAAUAUGACUGACAGACAGUCAUUACUAUCUCCUUGAAGAACAAUAAAGUGUUUCAAAUUUACUGGAAAAAAAAAAAGAUUAAUAAUGCAGCAUGUAAAAUACAUGGCAACUACAUAUAGAACAGAACCAAAGAUCACACUGAUUUGAUAUUUAUGUACAUGUAUAUAUUUCCCAUAUUUAAUGUUCGUUUACUCUUUGGUGUGCAAUUGUCUUGUGUUAAUGCAACACUGAAAUUGUACCGCAGGAGUUUGUGGUAUUCAAUUGUAUAUUCUACAAAGUUGCAGGCUAUAUUGUUUUAUAUUUUUAAGAAAACAUCUGUUAUUUAUUACCUUAAUUGAUAAAUGGCAAAUUUAUUCAGACCAGUUUUUGUAAAAAGUGUGAAUUCCAAUAAAUUGUUUUCUUGAGCUGAA